UGGGCAGUCCUUAAAAGCUGUUUCAAACUAACAAAUUAUAAUCAUUUAAUCACAAAAUAUCAUUACAAUCAUCUUAUCACUUCUCCUCGUCUUUAGCUUCUUCCUCAUCAACAAGAAUCUUGUUCAUUCUCAAUCAUUUUCAUAUAACUCAUCAACAAACCAACUCAACACAAACUUGAAUUGUUUUCCUCACCAUAGAGCUUCUGUGAAACCAUUUGGCAUAAUUCAAUUGAUUAACAAUUUAAAUCAUCAACAAUCGAGCAACAAUGUCACAGCAUUGUGAAAAUAAUGAUCAGGUCUUGACUAAUGGUCAUGGUGGAACUAAAGAUAAUGGAAAUCUUUGUGUCCUGUUCUCUGUGAAGGAAAACGUUGGUGCUUUGGCUGAAGUCCUUAGAAUAUUCAAAGAGUAUCAUGUUAAUUUGGCUCACAUUGAAUCAAGAUCGUCCAAGCGUUUUUCAGAUGAUUAUGAGUUUCUCAUCGAAAUCGAUACUCGGUCUGAGUCAGCAAAUAUUGACAAAGCAUUAAAUGAUCUUAAAGGUAUCUCCACAUACAUGCAAGUUAUUUCAAGAGAGCCACGAGGGAAAGAAUCUGUUCCAUGGUUUCCAGUUAAAAUAAAGGAAAUUGAUAACUUCGCUAACCAUGUACUAUCAUAUGGAGCUGAAUUGGACUCUGACCAUCCAGGUUUCACAGAUGAAGUUUAUCGUAAACGUCGAAAAUACUUUGCUGAUUUGGCUUUCAAUCAUAAACAUGGCCAACCAUUACCAAGAGUUGAAUAUACAGAGGAAGAGAUCAACACUUGGCGAACUGUUUACAACCAAUUAACAAGUCUCUAUCCAACCCAUGCUUGUCGAGAGCAUAAUCAUAUAUUUCGCUUGAUGAUUGAAAACUGUGGCUAUGGACCAGAUCAGAUACCACAAUUAGAAGAUGUCUCUAAUUUCCUUAAAGGUUAGGAAUACUUUCAUUUU